GUCCCUCCGCCGGCGGUGAAUAAACCCACGGAUGCAGAGUUCUUUCUUCAAGACGAACAUGGAGAGAUGAAGCCCAAUCAUGCUUUCUUGAAGGAACACUUCUUUCGCGAGGGACGAUUGCAGGAGGAACACGCACUCUACAUUUUGGAACAAACAACCAAGAUUUUGUCCAAGGAGCCCAACAUGGUGCAUGUCAGGAGUCCUGUAACAGUUUGCGGAGAUAUCCACGGACAAUAUUACGACCUUAUGAAAUUAUUUGAGGUGGGUGGACCGAUGGCGGAUAAUACCUAUCUUUUCCUGGGGGACUAUGUGGAUCGGGGAGACUUUGGCAUCGAGUGUCUGCUAUAUUUAUACGCUCUCAAAAUAUGGAAUCCCACAGGAAUCAUCCUUCUACGCGGCAACCACGAAUGCCGACAUCUCACCGAAUAUUUUACCUUUAAACGAGAAUGCCUUCAUAAGUACUCAGAGCGUGUUUAUGAAGCGUGCAUCGUUUCAUUUUGCGCCCUCCCGAUCACUGCAUUGAUCGACAACCGUUUCUUCUGUGUCCACGGUGGUAUCUCUCCACAACUUGUGCAUCUCAGCGAUGUAGAUGCAAUUGACCGUUUCCAGGAGCCAGGUUCCCAUGGCCUGCUAUGUGACUUGCUUUGGUCGGACCCUGUGUCAAACUACGGUCAUGAGCACGAGCCGACCGCUCAUGGACCAGGGCUUGCGCCCGGCCAGGCAUUCCUGCAUAACCAAACGCGCGGAUGCUCAUUCUUCUUCACCUAUGAAGCAGUGUGUGCUUUCCUCGAGCGAAACAAUCUCCUCACCGUGAUUCGGGGACACGAAGCUCAGGAUGCCGGAUAUACCAUGCACCGCAAAACUCCCAAGAAAAACUUCCCCUCAGUCAUCACCAUCUUCUCCGCUCCUAACUAUCUUGAUGUGUACCAUAAUCGUGGUGCGGUUCUCAAGUACGCAAACAAGAAUAUCACGAUUCGGCAGUACAACUCUAGCACGCAUCCCUAUUGGCUCCCGAACUUCAUGGAUGCGUUCACGUGGAGUCUACCUUUCGUUGGUUCCAAAAUCACGGAGAUGCUGCUCGCCAUUCUAAGCAUAUGCAGCGACGACGAACUCGUUGAGUCCGAAUCGGACGAGGAUGCAGCGGCCAGAGGUGCGGGUGAACCCCCACAAAGCCCGACAGACUUGGCGCAAAGAAGGCAGCUGAUCAAAAACAAGAUCAUGGCUGUGGGGAAGAUGCAACGCGUUUUCCAAAUCCUCCGGUUCGUUUACCACAUGUAA